UUGACCCCAGCUUAUGCAAGACAAUAUUACACGAAAGUUGAAUAAAAACUGACGGUUCAUUUCUCAUCACCAAAUAUUAUAACUUUAAUGUUAUUUACGGAUAAACACAUAUCCAGGUUUGUACGAUCUGCGCUGGUAUUCUACUGCCAAUUUUAUAGUUAGUUGGUUCUAAAGAAGACGUGAACAUCAUGAAUGGGGCAACAAAUAACAAAGUUUUGACUAUAGACACAUUGAAUCCAAAUGUUGUCAAAAUGGAGUACGCUGUCAGAGGACCCAUCGUAGCAAGGGCUAGCCAGAUAGAAAAGGAAUUAAAAGAGGGCGUCUCUAAACAAUUCACCAAAGUUGUAAAAGCAAAUAUUGGAGACUGUCAUGCGACAGGUCAAAAGCCAUUGACAUUUAUUCGACAGGUUUUGGCCAUGGUCACCUAUCCAGAACUGCUCAACAGCCCAGAUUUCCCCGAAGAUACAAAGAACAGAGCAAGGAGAUUGUUAGAAGGUUGUCGUGGUGGAAGUAUAGGUUCAUACAGUGACAGUCCUGGCAUAGCUGUCAUAAGACAAGACAUUGCUCAAUAUAUAAAUGACCGUGAUGGUGUGCCAUCAGCGUCAGAUGAUAUAUAUCUGUGUGCUGGAGCCAGUGCAGGAAUUAAGUCUGUUCUUACCAUGCUGUUAACAGGUAAAGGUGGCAGUGACAAGGCAGGAAUUAUGAUACCGGUUCCACAAUAUCCUUUAUAUUCGGCCACAUUAGCUGAGUACGAUGCUUAUCCAAUCCGCUAUUAUUUAAAUGAAGAGAAUCAUUGGAGUUUAGAUGUCUCGGAACUAAAACGAUCUAUCAAUGAAGCUAAACCUAACUGUAAACCAAGAGCUAUUGUUAUUAUCAACCCAGGCAAUCCAACAGGGCAGGUCCUGACACGAGAGAAUAUACAGAAUAUCAUAAAAUUUGCAAAGGAAGAGAAACUUUUUAUCCUUGCUGAUGAAGUAUACCAACAUAAUAUAUAUGCAGAUGGCUCACAGUUUUUCUCUUUCAAAAAAGUGCUCAUGGAAAUGGGUGAUGAAUAUAGUAGUAUGGAAUUGGCUUCAUUUAUGUCAGCUUCAAAAGGUUUUAUGGGGGAAUGUGGGUAUAGAGGAGGGUACAGCGAGGUCAUUAAUCUUGAUCCAGCUGUACGACUUCAAUACAAUAAAAGUAUCUCCGCUAACCUUUGUCCUCCUGUAUCUGGUCAGGCGGUCAUAGAUUGUAUUGUCAAUCCUCCAAAACCAGGAGAGCCAUCCUAUGAGCUAUUCUUGAAGGAAAAGACAAAAGUUCUAAGUCUACUUCUUCAAAAAGCAAAAUUGGUCACCAAAACCUUUAAUUCUAUUGAGGGCAUUAAAUGUAAUGAAGUUCAAGGUGCAAUGUAUGCCUUUCCUCAAAUAUUCUUACCUCCCAGAGCCAUUGAAGAGGCCAAAAAGCAGAAUAAAACUCCUGAUUCGUUCUACUGUUUUCAACUUCUUGAGGAGACUGGAAUUUGUACAGUUCCUGGCAGUGGUUUUGGUGAAAGAGAGGGAACGUAUCAUUUCCGUACGACUAUCUUACCACCAAUAGAAGAGUUGGAGGCAGUUUUACAGAAAUUUAAAGAAUUUCAUAUUAGAUUUUUACAGAAGUAUCAGUAGAGUCUCCUAUAAAUGUAUAAAAGUGUACAUUAUAAAGACCUGAGAUGGUAUAAUACUGUAGAUAUUUAAUCCUAUGCAGAAUCUGUGUGUAAAAAGAAUUUUACCGACAUAUACAGUGUGUGACUAAUAUUAAUUGAGGAGUUUUUGUUUAUUAGUUUUUAUAAUUUUUUUAAUGUUAUGGAAUUAAUCUGUAUUUAAACAGGGUACAUCCUAUAAUUUUUGUUACUGCCAUAAUAAUAGAUAAUAAAAAUGAUGAAAAGUUGUCAAUUAUGAAAAUUUGAUUGUUAUCAGGUCUUUUUUAUCAAACAUUUCUUGUGGCAGCAUUGAUUAUAGUAUAAAUUAAAUUAGUUGUUUGUUGAUUGGGACCCCAUAUGCUAUGUAGAUUUCAGGUAUUAUAUAGGUAAUUUUUUAGUUUGUUUUCGAUUUUCCAAGAAUGUAUUUUUAUUAUACGCCCACAUUUAAUGUAGACAAAUAAUUUUGUCACUCCUGUUUGUCAAUUCGUACACAAUUAUGUAUGAAAGCAUUAAUGAUCAGAGUUCCUGUCUGUUGGUUCUUAGACAAUAAUGUAGCAUAGCAUUACUUAUCAGAGCUCCUGUCUGUCGGUCCAUAUGUGUGAAAGCAUUACUGAUCAGCGUUUUUGACAGAUUUGUUCGAAUAUGCAGGGUUUGUUGAGUUUCAGCAGUUAUCUAUCCGUUCACAUUCUGACAGGGUCAAGGAAGAAAGUUCUCAAUAGAAAUUUGUAUGUCUUGGUGUGAUUGUUUAUUGGGGUGUAAAUUUGAACCCAUUUAAAAUUAAAGAUAAGUUGCUUGUAAUUCAAAUACCUUCAGUAAUUUUUACUUUAUGUUCACACUGUAACUUUUAACGCUUGUAAAGGUUAUAUAUAGUCCAACAAAAUUCUCUGAAAUGUUUAAAACUUACUCUGCAGCAUUUGCUGCCAUUGAUUUUAGAACAGGCAUAGACGACUUCGCUGCUGUUGGGUAUUUUAUUAGGCCUAAUAAGCCCCAAUCUGUGUUUUAAUAUGUAGACAUUUGUGAUUGUUCAUAUUUGUUAGCUAAUGUACAUGUCUAUGCACAUGAUUAUUAUUUAUAUUUUAUAUUUUGUUGUAAAUCUAGAUUUUAUCAAAUUAUGAUAAUAUAUGUAAAAAAAGUAGUGCAUUUGUAUGUAAUAGAAAUUUAUGCAUAUGGUUAUUGAAUUUUAUCAAAUUGUGUUAAUGUAUUAAAACAAUAGGUGCAUUUUAUGAAAUCUUAUUAAUAUUUUAUUUACCUGUAGUAUUAUUUGGUAUGGUAUAUUAUUGUGCUAUAUGUUUGUUAUUUUGUAGAUGCUUGUUAUACAUUUAUAUAAUAUACAGUUUCAGCCUGUUUAGAUACAACUUUAAAAGGUUUAGUAGCUGUUAGCAUAAUACAAAUCUAUCCAAAGGGAGACAAUCCAAAGAAAUCCAUGUAUUAUUAUUCUCUACAAAGUGAAUAUAAUAUGUCCUUGCUUAUAAUAUAACUUAAAUAUUUUUAUUCUUGCAUUACAUCUAUAUUUAUUUUAUAGCGUUUAACAAAUAUUCGCACUUACCUCGUGUGUGUGCAAGAAAAACAUAAAUUGCCAUAAUAUUCAAAAUCUGGUAAAAAAUUGAGAUCAAGUUUGUGAUAUGAACAAGUAAGAUUUGCACCUUGUUGCACUGUAUCAAUGAAUAAUAAUAUUGUAAAUAUUAUGGAAGUCAUAAUGUAAAAUCUUAAAGAUAACUGCUUAUAUGUUUUAUGAUAUAUAUACAGGUAAUCUUCUGUCAUCAUGAAUAGAAAAAAAAAUAUCGGAAAACUCAUUAACAUCAUAAGAACCUCUAUUGACAUUUAACAUUUUCAUUAAUGGCUAUUUAUAGCCCCAAGAGGGGCCUAGUGUAAAAGCUUUUCUUAUACAAUACUAGCACUGAAAACUUUUCUCCUAAUUAAUUUGUCAUUAAUAUUGCAAAGAUUACUUGUGAUUAUUUGAACAUUUAAUGUAUUACAGUUGAUAAUGGUAAUAUUUGUUAUGUUAUAAUAACAAGUAUGUUAAAAAUGUUAUUCAUCAUUGAGGUAUUAUGAUAUUGUUUUGUCUUACUGUUCCCGGUGGAAUAUUAUAUCAGAUGAUUAGCCUUUCCAUUAUUUAAACCUGAAUUGGAAAGAUUUAAUUAUUGAAAUAUAGUCAUUAAUUAUAGAUAUAUGUAUAGUAUUACACUGCGAGACAAUCAUUUUGUAUACCAGUAAAUAAUUUAAUUUUAAUUUUUACACUGUUAUCCCCCCAUUGCUUGUAAUAAUGUAAUUGAAUCUCGUUGAUAUUUGGGUAUUAUGUCACAGAAUUUUAUAUCUCAAUACUAAAUAUUUAUGAUUUCAAAAUGAUUUAAUUUUUUUUAAAAAGAUAGAAAUGUGAAAUUAUUGAUAUAGAGUAUCUUUUUAUCAAUUACUGUCAAUGCUUGAUUUUGAGUUUAUGCUUAUCAAUAGUGUAUUGUUAUAUACAAUGUAUGCUUGCUUUGUCUAUAAACGGCUAGUCAUUUGAUUGUGUUAAAAACAAGAUUUUUAAAAUCAGAUUUUAUAUUGAGCUAUAUAAGCUAUUUAUCGAUUAUACUAUGCAUACUAAAGUAAAGAACACUAACUCUGAAUAAAA